CACACUUUACCCAGCGCCAACAGACAAAUAACUAAUGCUGCCCUCUUUACCAGCGUUUGAGUUUUUCAAACUAUGCCUUGAUGCAAUCUAGCAACCCCGCAGGAGUUCGGAAAGUGGGAGAAGUGAAAAGGGAAAGUUGGGAAGUAAUCGGUGAAGUUUUUCGCUAUUGCCGUGCAGGAGCGCAUCGAGCCGUAAUGGCGCGUCGUGCGCGGACAGGAUCUCGAUUCUCUCUCGCGGCGUGGACCAAACACUCCCGAUCACACUGGAAUAACCUGGAGAUUUCAAAGUGGAGCCUAGUCGCCCUGUUGCUGGUUGUUUGUGGUGGAUUUUGUGGUGCGGAUAGUGAGUUCUCGAUCCUGGAAGAGGCUCAAGUUUUGGCAGUGCAGAUGAAGAAGCUGUCUACUCAGGAGCUGGGUGUUCUCACCAUGCAGAGAAUCUUCAACUCCUUUGUGUACUCGGAGAAGACUUCAAAUGGUGAAACAGAGGUGCAACAGCUAGCAAAAAAGAUCCGUGAGAAGUUUAACCGGUACCUGGAUGUGGUGAACAGGAACAAGCAGGUGGUGGAAGCCUCUUACACAGCCCACCUCACGUCCCCCCUCACAGCCAUCCAGGACUGCUGCACCAUCCCUCCCUCCAUGAUGGAAUUUGAUGGUAAUUUUAACACCAAUGUUUCGAAGACUAUCAGCUGUGAUCGUCUCUCCCCUACCGUCAAUAGUCGAGCUUUCAACCCAGGACGAGACCUCAACUCUGUGCUGGCAGACAACCUGAAGUCCAAUCCAGGGAUCAAGUGGCAGUACUUCAGCUCAGAGGAGGGUAUUUUCACUGUGUUUCCUGCUCACAAGUUUCACUGCAAGGGCACAUACGAGCACAGGAGCAGGCCUGUGUAUGUUUCGGCAGUAAGGCCGCAGUCGAAACAUAUUGUAGUGAUCAUAGACCAUGGUGCCUCUGUCACUGAGACCCAACUCCAGAUCGCCCGUGACGCUGCGCUAAUCAUCCUCAACUCCAUCGAUGAGCAUGAUAAAAUCUCAGUGUUGACAAUAGCAGAUACUGUUCGUUCCUGUUCUCUGGAUCAGUGCUACAAGAGCUUCCUCUCACCUGCUACCAGCGAGACUAAGAGGAAGAUGAGCACCUUCAUCAACAACAUUAAAGCGUCUGACAGCUCUACCCAGCAUGCACUGGGCUUCCAGAAAGCCUUUCAGUUGUUAAGGAACACAAGCAACGUCACCAGACAGCCGACUAACACCGACAUGGUGAUAAUCUACCUGUCAUCAGGCGUCACCUCCCGAGACUCAUCCGAUCACGAAAAGAGAGCAACCCUCAGCGUGGUCAAAGAGGAGAACCGCUACCUCAACAACUCUGUCAUGAUCCUCACCUAUGCUCUCAUGAACGAAGGAGUAACGGGACUCAAGGAGCUGGCCUUCUUGCGAGACCUGGCCGAGCAGAACUCUGUUAAGUAUGGCGUUCCAGAUCGUUCCGCCCUGCCUGUCGUGAAGGGCAGUAUGAUGGUUUUAAACCAGCUCAGUAACCUGGAGACCACCGUGGGCCGCUUCUACAUCAACCUCCCCAAUCGAAUGAUCGACGUGGCCUCCUUCAGCUUGCCUUAUGCAGACCAGAUGGGAGACGGUUUCAUCAUGACCGUCAGCCGGCCAUGCUACUUUGGGAACUUGUUGCUGGGUGUAGUUGGAGUGGAUGUGAAUCUGGCAUACAUACUGGAAGACGUCACCUACUACCAGGACUCCCUGGCCUCAUAUACAUUCCUCAUAGACAAUAAAGGCUACACCCUCAUGCAUCCGUCACUCACCCGACCUUACCUGAUGACUGAAGCUCCCCUCCAUACAGACAUCAUCCACUAUGAGAACAUCCCAGGGUUUGCUGCUGUGCGUCAAAAUAUCCUCAGUCUGCCUCUGGGGAGUCAAGUCAUUGCUGUGCCUGUCAACUCCACUAGUCCCACAGUGAUGUUGUCUGCUGGUAGUUUCUCCUCUCCAUAUGAGCACUUGAGUCAGCCAGAGACCAAGCGCAUGGUGGAGCACUACACAGCUUACCUGAGUGACAACACCCGGCUCAUAGCCAACCCAGGCCUGAAGUCUUCUGUGAGGAAUGAGGUGAUGGCCACCAGUCACGUGACAGAUGAAUGGAUGAGUCUUAUGGAGAUGAGCAGCCUCAACUGCUACAUUGUGAGGCGUUACAUAGCAACGCCCAAUGGGGUGCUGCGGAUUUACCCCGGUUCUCUCAUGGACAAAGCCUUCGAUCCCACCAGGAGGCAAUGGUACCUACAUGCUGUAGCCAAUCCUGGUCUUAUCACUUUUACUGGACCCUACCUGGAUGUUGGUGGAGCAGGCUAUGUGGUCACUAUUAGCCACACCAUCCACGCCUCUAGUUCCCAAAAGGCCUCUGGUUACACAGUAGCAGUUAUGGGCAUUGAUUUCACUCUGCGCUACUUCUACAAAGUUCUGUUGGAUCUUCUGCCCAUCUGCAACCAGGACAAGGGCAACAAAAUCCGGUGUUUUAUCAUGGAGGACAGAGGCUAUCUGGUGGCCCAUCCGACCCUGAUUGACCCGAAGGGCCAUGCUCCAGCAGAACAGCAACAUAUUACUCAUAAGGAGCCUCUAGUGGCCAAUGACAUUCUCAACCACCCCAACUUUGUGAAGAAGAACCUGUGUAACAGUUUCAGUGAUCGUACCGUGCAGCGUUUCUACAAGUUCAACACCAGCAUUGUCGGUGAUCUGACAAACCUUGUGCAUGGCAGUCACUGCUCAAAGUACCGGCUCACUCGUAUCCCAGGAACCAAUGCGUUUGCUGGUAUUGUGAAUGAGACCUGUGAUUCACUGGCCUUCUGUGCUUGCAGUACUGUGGAUCGUCUCUGUCUUAACUGCCACAGAAUGGAGCAGAAUGAAUGCGAGUGCCCCUGUGAAUGCCCUCUAGAGGUGAAUGAAUGUACUGGCAACCUCACCAACGCUGAGAACAGAAAUCCGAGCUGUGACGUGCACCAAGAGCCUUUGUCUUUGACUGUUAUUGAGCCCAGUCUACAGGACACUCUGCCUCAGUGUAUCAACACCAGAUGCAGCCAGCGCUUCACCAGCAGUGACUGUUUUGGUGUUCUGGACUGUGAGUGGUGUAUGGUUGACAGUGACGGAAAGACCCAUCUGGAUAAGCCUUACUGUGCCCUACAGAAGGAAUGUUUUGGAGGGAUAGUGGGUGCCAAGAGUCCUUAUGUGGAUGGACUGGGCAUUUUAGAUGAGGAGUUGGCUUCACUGAAUAUGAUCAAGAGUGCGCCUGUGGGGCCAGUGGCAGGUGGGAUUAUGGGAUGCAUCAUGGUGCUGGUGUUAGCCGUGUAUGCCUACAGGCACCAGAUCCACCGUCGCAGCCAUCAGCACAUGUCCCCGCUGGCUGCACAAGAGAUGUCUGUCCGGAUGUCCAACCUGGACAACGAACGAGAUGACAGAGAUGAAGACAGUCACGAAGACAGAGGAAUAAUUAGUAACACUCGAUUCAUUGCUGCUGUUAUUGAGAGGCACACACACAGUCCAGAACGACGGCGGAGAUAUUGGGGCCGGUCAGGGACAGAAAGUGACCAUGGUUACAGCACCAUGAGCCCUCAGGAGGACAGCGAGAACCCGCCCUGCAACAACGAUCCUCUCUCUGCAGGCGUUGAUGUGGGCAAUCACGAUGAGGACCUCGACCUGGACACACCUCCACAGACAGCUGCUCUUCUCAGCCACAAGUUCCACCCCUAUCGGCACCCCCACAUGCACCACCCCCUGCACUUGCACACGCAUCAUCUCCAGGCCGCCGUCACCGUGCACAGCGUGGAUGCCGAGUGCUGAUCCUGCCCACCCGUGACCCCAAACCAUCCGCCAACCCUGCCUUUGAUGCCACUGCUAACUUCAUCCACCACCAUUCAGGCCCUGCAUCCUGCAAAAACGAGGAGAGAACCUUAACUCCCAACUUUCCCUGGGCAUCUGCUGAGGCGGUCAGAGGUGUUUUGUGCUUGUUGACCAUGGGGGGCGAACAUUUGACCUCUGUAGAGGUCAUUAGGGAGUGGAUUUGGCAGGUGCAUACGAUACAAAGCUCCUUAUGUUUUUU